UUCCUCCACAGCUUUCUGUGUGAGUUUCGAGCUAAGAUGGCGUCUGCACAGUUAACGGAUGAGGAGCUUUUCUCUGAGUUAAAGCGCUUUGGAUUCUCCCCAGGUCCGAUCUCGGAGAAUACACGGCCCGUUUACCUGAAAAAACUUAAGAAACUACGUGAAGAGCUACAACAGCGUGGAUCUAGAUUCGGGAAAACGCGAAACAGCGGCAGCAUCAACAACAACAGCGGUGGCAGUGGUAAUAGCAGCAACACAGCGGCGGGAGCUUCGAGACCCAAAGCCAGGCCAGCCAGCAAUGACGUCACGCACCUGAGCACAAGCCGGAGCCCCGGCGGGCGCCCGACCCUGAACGAAAAGCGUACAAGCGGGGGUGGGAAGUUCGUUUUGGGAUUUAGCUCCGAUGAAUCGGAUGCCGAAGUCCCUCAGAAAAAGGAAGGCCCAAACCAUAGCAGUAGUAGGAGAGACCGAGGCUCCGGCUCGCAGCGCCAGACAAGGCCUACAGGAACACCCACUGGCGUUCGCAGAAGCCCAGGAGUCAGUGUGAACAACUCCUCGCCCGCGCUCCUAGAUAGUCUGAGAGGCGCCACCGGAUCUUCUUGGUGGGGCGAUCGAGACAAAUCCUUUACAGCACGCACUGAGACAGACGGUAGGGCUUACGGUGAAGUCGAUGAAGACGACGACUACGAGGAAGAGACUGAGAGGGACACUCGGGCUCUGAACGGCAGCAGGGCGUCUUAUACUUUGCAUACCAGCAAGCUUCCCGGGGAUUACUCGGAUUCGGAUGAAGAGAAAGAGGAGGGGGGCACGGAGAAAGAGCGUCAGCGAGAACGCCGACUGACUUCCUCACGAAGUCAUACGAAAGCUACACAUUCUCCUUACAAAACUUUCAGUCGCUCUCUAAGCGGUCAGGGAAAAAUGGCAGUCGGAAUUCGAGUAAAUGACACUUCAGACGCUAGCAGUCUAGACAGGGCGCGGGGGGAGGAGGACGACGACGAAACCACGGGCGUUGGAGAGUCUGUCCUGAGCAGUGGCCUGCUCAACCGCCACCAUCCCAGAAGGUCUGUGUACGCCUCAGGAAUCAUGGACGAAAGCAUAGGGGAGGGAAGUAACAGCAGUCCAUCCGCAUAUCUCAAAAACAAUAUUGAUAGCGGAGAUGGGGCCACUACCAGCAGCAGAUUUAGUAUUGGGUUCAAACAUAGGUAUUCCCCUCACAACAGCCUCUCGGGCACCUACCGGCCCAACCAUUCGAAUCACACGGGGUCGAACCAUGCAUACAGCCAGCCGACCCACAAACAGAAGCUAUCUGUUCCGGAAGACGAGCUUCUGCAGCAAUUUAAAAGGGAAGAGGUUUCAACAACUGGCGGCUUCAGUGCUCACUACCUUUCCAUGUUUCUUCUGAUUGCUGCCUGUCUGUUUUUCGUGCUGCUUGGCCUCAUGUACCUGCGCAUGAGAGGGUCUGGCGCCUCAGAGGGGGAUGUUGCUAUUCGGAACCACCCGUUUGGCACAGAAUUUGAUGCACGUUAUACCAUCAAAGAAAAAGACCUCAUCCUCAAACUGCUGCUUCAUUUACAUGAUCACCUUGCCAGUGUUGCAGGUGAAUAUGACUGUGGAGACCAGAAGGCUGUGUCAAACAGAAGCUUAACCAUGAGCGAUGCUAUAGAAUAUUUAAAGCUUCAAAAUGCAGCCUAUGAUGGUUUUGUAGAAACUGCUUUGGAAUGGAUCAUUCGGACUGGAGAGGAUGUUGGCAUACGGUUGAUCCCGGGCGCCUCGGAGGAGGCGGUGACGGACGUGUCCGAGAUAAGCCGUCUGGAGUCCACGCACCCCAAGAUGACCUUCCUGUGCCGCUUCCGCAGGGCCUUCUUCACGGUCAUCCUCCGCGUGCUCCUCAUCCUGGCAGGUAUUGGGAUUGUUUGGGGCCUGCUGAGCUACAUGAAGUACCGUUGGAGGAGAGAGGAGGAGGAGACCAGGCAGAUGUACGACAUGGUGGAGAGAAUCAUUGACGUUCUGCGGAGCCACAGUGAGGCUUGUCAGGAGAAUAAGGACUUGCAGCCCUACCUGCCCAUCCCACAUGUGCGAGACGCACUGGUUCAGCCUCAAGACAGGAAGAAGAUGAAGAAGGUGUGGGACCGAGCCGUGACGUUCCUGGGGGCCAAUGAGUCGCGCAUCCGCACCGAGACGCGCAGGAUGGAGGGAGCUGACCGUGAGGUCUGGCGCUGGCUGCAGCCCUCUCUGUCCUGCGACAAGAUGUCCAUGAUGCCCUCCAAACAGUGGCAAGGCAAAGCAUUCCCACUGGACAAGAGGAACUCUCCACCCAACAGUUUAACACCAUGUCUGAAGAUCCGCAACAUGUUUGACCCUGUAAUGGAGGUUGGGGAGAACUGGCACCUGGCCAUCCACGAAGCCAUUCUUGAGAAAUGCAGCGACAACGACGGGAUUGUGCACAUCGCCGUCGACAAAAAUUCCCGAGAGGGCUGCGUCUAUGUGAAGUGUCUCUCAGCUGAGCACUCUGGCAAGGCUUUCAAGGCGCUGCACGGCUCAUGGUUUGACGGUAAGCUGGUGACGGUGAAGUACCUGCGGCUCGACCGCUACCAUCAGCGCUUCCCCCAGGCGGUGGGCAGCACUACACCGCUCAAGCCCUCCAGCAGCCACAUGGACACCAUGUCCGGCCUCCGCCACCGCACCAGCACAGCCAACUCCCUCAGCUUCUCCUGAGGAGCCCUGCGGCCUCCCUCACACCUCCCUCGUCCCCACUCUCCUCCCUCCCUCCCUCCCUCCCUCCUUCCCUCGCUCCCUGCAGUUUUUCCCAGCACCUCCUCCCCGCUCUCUGCUGCACACGUGCCUCUCCCCUGACCAGGAGGCGCGAGAGCUCCGGGCCGUGGCAGCCAUGUUUAGGGGUGGUGGUAGGGGGACGCAGAGGAGGCCGCUCUCCUCGCCGCCGCCAGCCUGUAGCUGCGUGAGGGUUGCUAGGGCACACCUGAGGGCCUCUCCAGAACACCUGAGCGUGCUCUCGAAGGGGCGACCGACUAGUCGGGAGCUACACACGAGCGAGCGAAAAUGCUCUGCCCUGCUUUCCUGCUCACCUCCUGUCUGGUGCAGUGGACACAAUUUCUAUCUCCUCUUUUUUUAUAAUACAUAAACUCUAUGGAUCUAAGGAGAUGUGGCUUCCAGUUAUAAUGUUCAUAUUUAAAAAGGUAUAUAUGAGGGAGACGCGGCUCUCUCUCUCCCUCUUGCGUGCGCGCUCUCUAUUUCCCACUGUUUUUAUGAAACGUCCCUUUCUCUCCUGAUCAGUGGAGGAAGUGGGGGCUCUGCAUAGCUGCAUGUGCUGGUUAAAGUAUGCCUAUAUUUAAGCUUUGAAUUGUAACAUAAAAUGUGGAUGUUUAUUUCUUACAGAUGUUUUUUUUUUUUGUGAUGUAAUCCUUUUUUUUUGUAGUUUUAGUCAAACAAGGAAGGCAUGCACAAACACUUAUUUGGGGGUACUGUAAAUAUAUAAUGUAUGAAUGGUGGAGGUUGAAUUUGUCUGUAUAGAAUGCAAAAAAAAACCACAUAAGCUCUCUGUUUCUUGCCAAGAAAAUAGUAACACUGUUUGCAUCCAUUCUUCAGAGAUGGAGGGAGAUGUAUUGACUAAGAUUGUGCUGGGCUCGAUGGGUGUUUGAGAGGUUAGCAACCCGAUGAGAUGCACCUCGGGCCUAGUGUCACGAGAGGAACAUACUGGUGAUUGAGCGCCUGUCCUCAGCACGCCGUUGCUGUGUCUAUCCCAUUUCUGCCAUACAUGUAUCUCGCUCAGUAUUCACUGAAGACCUCCCAGCCAGACUAUAUUCCAUUGUAUUCCAUGGUUAUAUAUAUUUUAUAUUAUCUCUAGCAACUAUGUUUAUUUGUUAUGAUUGGUGACAGGAUGACAUUGACAUUUGUCUACACAGACCUCUACUGGUACAUGAGAACAAUAACACUCGUAAUGCAUUGCGAAAGAAUUUUUUUUUGGUUACUUCUUCAUCUGCCAUUGGUCUCCUAGAGAGCUUUAGAUUGUUCUCUCCACUGAGACCAUGCAAUAUAACUUCUUGAUCAAAUAUUCCAAAGAAGCCUGUUUGGACUGGUGUUCGUAGGCUCAGAUUCCUUGGUCAGGCAAACUGUUUAUCUUGAUGGGAUGGCCUGCAAUGGAUAGAAUCAGAUUAGAUGUGAUAGUUUCAUUGUGGACAUUGGAAGCAGCUUGCUUUCUGUUCAGUGUAUAUUUUUAUUAUUAUUAUUAUUAUUAUUAUUUUGAGGAGGGAGGUUGCUGGACAGUUGACAAGAGCAAGUCUUUAAAUCCUUGGGGGGUGGUGGUGGUGGGGGCGGGGGGGUUAAUGGUGUAUCGUUGGUGUUUCUGAUACAGUUGCCCGUCCUUCUGCCCCAUGUAGUCUUUAAACACUUCAUCUGUGAUGUCCAGUUGCUUGUGAGAUGUUUCGAGUAGUUUCUCACUACAGAAUUGCUACUAGGUUCAUCUGGCUGCUGUCAUUGAACUCUCCUUUCUCUCCUUCUCUCUCUCUCUUGUGUGUUUGGAAGAUGCAGUGUAGUUGAUCACAGGGUGCAGUAUUUGCAGCAAAGCGUACAAUUGAUGCACAACACAUGUCAUAAGGCUGGUGCACACUACCUGCAGCAGAGAACCUCAUUGUGCCUUAACUUUGUGCUUUAUUAAAUGACUGACACUGCAUUUAUGGGGAAUGUAUUUGGAUUUCAUAGGUGUCAGUAUGGGUAUAAUCGUUUAAGAGAAGAUAAGGUCACUCUAAAGAGGGGCUUUGGUUGGAUGUUUUUUUUUUUUUUUUUUUUUCUGCUGACAGCAAUAUGCUGGAUGUUGCUUAAUGAUAGUGUCUGCAUCCAACCAAAUGCCUUUUCACAAGUUUUAAAAAUGACGUGUGUUGAUCUGUCUCUUCAUCUGUUCAGAUUGCGCACACUUAUGUUUGUCAGCUUUUUUUGUCAGUUAGGGAGACCUUAGAUUCAUUUUUAAACGAUCAACUGCACAGAGCUAAUGUUAUGUAAAAAAUAAAUAAAAACUCAAAAUAAAAAAUAAAGUCAGAGGUUGUCCUUGCUGUAUAUUAUGUUUAUCCCUCCUGUUUUUUAGGUCUGCAAUUGAUUGUGGUGCAUCUGUCUGUACAGAGAAUGAAUGUUGGGUCAGUGUCAUGCCAUCAGUCCUCAGUGUGGUGUAUUCUGAUGUAUUUAUGUGUACACUGUACAUUUAUGUAACUGUAGUAUGUACUAUUCUGCAGCUUAGGACUGAAAUUGUACUGUUGCGUCAAUCAAUAUUCCUAACCUGCUAGCCAGAGGGGAAGGUGUACAGUAAUGCAGACAUUUUAAAGUUCAAAUGCUUUAAUGUAAUUUGUCCCUUGUCUUGUUUAAAGUCUAAUUAAAGGUUUGGUAGGGUUUUGAAAAAGUGAUUGUGUUAAUAUUUGGAGAGGUAUAUAAUGUAACUUUGAAUUAUUGUUUUUGUUCAAUUUUGUACAUGGAAAGUUUCAGUUGGUUACCAUAUUUGAUGAAGCAUAGCUCAAAAAUUGCAGCUUCUACUUGAAUGGAUGAAUUAUUUGGUUACAUGGUUUGUUUGAGCAAGCUUUUUAGUUGUCACUGCUGCUGACAUUUUGCUGCAUUAGUUAAAUAAAAUCUUAUUACUUGUGAUA